UAUUGUCUGGUUAACAACGACCCGGUGGAAGGAAGCCUAAUCAAAAUCGUUGGCGUGAAUACCAUUUUUUUUCCGUUACAAACACAAUGUCUUUAGUGUUGGUAUCUCUUGUCCCAUCAUCAUCUUUUAUUAAAUUGUUGAGAUUGUAUAUAUUUGUUCUGUUAUCUGUUGUUUGUCGUUUGAUGAUUCACCGUUUUCUUUCAUUUACUCGAGUUCCGCCACACGGUUGACAUCUCCAACGCCAUAAACUCAUUUCAGAUAUUUUCAUUGACAAAUCUUCGAUAUGAAUCCCAGCCCAAACAAACUCACUGAAAAUAAUACAGAUUCUAAUUCAAAUAAUGAAAAACAAGAUGAGGAGUAUGUGGUGAAAAAGAUUUUAAAUAAGCGUAUACAGCAUGGUAAGGUGGAAUACCUACUGAAAUGGAAAGGUUUCAGUGAUUCGGAAAAUUCUUGGGAACCUAUUGAAAAUCUUGAUUGUGAAGAUUUGAUAAAAAAAUAUGAAAAAGAAAGAAAAAGAAAAAGCAAGCCAUCAAAUACAAUUGAUUCCAAUUCUUCUGAUGAGUCUGAUAAUAAUAAUACUGAGCAUCAGAAAGUAGCAGAAAAAGUUGUGCAUGUUAAAAAACUGCGUGGCAAGAUUACAUAUUGUAUUAAAUUUGAAGGAAUUAAAAAACCUGUGGAGAUCAAAUCUAAAAAGGCUACAAAAUUAUAUCCACAACUCAUAAUCAAACACUAUCAUAAAAAAUAUGUAUGGAAAAAAUAAUUAACUGUUUUAAUCAAAUCCUAAAGUAAAUAUCUUGAAUUAUUUUAUUUUUUUAUUAUAUGUGACAAUUAUGCCUUACAGAAAAAAAUAAAAUACUUAAAUGUUAGCAACUUAAUAUACUUUCAUAAAAUAAUUAACUAUUUUUAUUUCACUGAUACAAUUUAAUAAUAGUGUAUUUUUAAAAUGUAUUAAUAUUUCAAUUUAUGUUGAUAAGUAACUAAUUAAUUUUGAAUUUUUUCAUUAUUUAUUUGUUUAAAUUGUAACGCAAUAGUAAAUAAAUAUAUAUAUAUAUA